AUGCCAAGACCGCUGGCUGGGUCUGAUAACACGAUCCAGGGUCCAUGUCGUCUCUGGGGGAGGCUGCUACCCAAGUACCUACCCGAGCGACUCUCUCAAAUAGUGAUCAAUAGUAUAACAUGCAGCGUCCCUGGAGAUGAUCUCCGUCGGUUCCUGUUUCCGUCUCGCUCGCUCUCUCCCCGUCUCCCUCCCACUCGCACCAUGACGUCACCAGCUCUUCUUACGAUUGCUACUUGUAUUGACUGUAAGUCAUUCAUAUCAUCAGACACGUAUGAACUUUGUUCUAAGCUCGCGGUCACCAUCCACUGUAAUUGUUUAUUUGUAUUAGGCUUCUUCCCCUGCGUGAUCAGUGAGCGGAGUAGUUCCGAGCGCGCGCCGGCCCCCCUCGACGCGGUAGACAUCCUCCGAGACGCCCCCCUCUACCCCCCCCUCCGUGAUAACUAUGAAGAUAACACACAGAACAACGAAAACAACAACGAACUUAGUAAACAGGAACCAGAUACUAACCUGCCAUUCUUCGACACGGAAAACUCAAUCGAUGUUAGUGAUUACGACACAGAAACUAAUAUAGAAGACGGCAAUGUGUUGGUUACACCUGGUGCUUCAAAUGAUUAUGAUAAUAACAAGUUAGAUAAUAUAUUUGAAACUGAUUUCGUCAAAGACAAGAACACUAUUCUGUCCUCCGAUAAUAUAAUCGAGAAUGAAAUCUCUCUGGAAGAAGAAAAUGAAAAUAAUUCAAAUAACUUCCAACCCGAACAAUUAAAGGAAUCUGAGAGCGGAUUUAUAGUGGCACCUGCCUCUGAUGUAGAUGAAUUAAAUAAGAUUUUAAUGGCUGAAGAGGCACGGGUGGAGGCCGAGAAUAAAAGAUUUAUACUUCAAGAAUUAAACAGCAAUUACACGAACCCGCCCGUCACAUCUAGCGAUACUCUAGAAGACACUGAAGAAAAUGAUCGGAAAAAACGAAGCAGUGGACAAGAGUGGGAUAAGCCGGCGAAGUCUCGUCGUGUGAAGACCGGAGACACGAUCCUGAACAUCCGUGGUGCUGUCAGAGAUGCUAUCGGUGAUGCUGGCGCUGCUCCUGGGCUUCGAGCUUCAUCUCGAGUGGACGCAUUCGUUAUACGACCGUCACCAGUCAUGAGAGAUGAACCUAGAGAACAGAUGAGGGAGAUGAGGAGGGAAAAGGUGACGCCGCCUCAGCCUCAGAAGCAAGAAAAAGAGUUGCUAGUAGAACCUCAUGCUCGAGCACGUAUUAUCUGCGACUUGGUUAAUGUUACCAACUUACGUUGGUACAAAGACAGUGAGUUAAUCAACCUGCCGUCAUCUCCCGCUGGUGGUGACGCGUGGCGUGACGGUGAUGCGGUGGAGAUCCCGCGUGCGUCGCGCGGACACGCAGCACGCUGGAGGUGCGCCGCCCGCGACCGCUCGGGGCGGACUGUGACCGGUGAACCGACCCGGCUACUUAUAUACGAGCCUGUCCGCUCCGUAUAUUUGGCUGUGGACGGUAGGAGACUCGACGCUGGCAACACGUGGGUACCUGUCAGAGAUAAGACUGUCUUGGAGGUGCGGUGUGUGGCUGAAGGUGGUGUUCCUCCCCCGGAGCUGUCCUGGCGUCUUCUAGCUCUUGAACCAGCCCUGGAUCACAGACCAUAUCUCAGGAUACAUCCUACUAAUUUCUCUAUUGAUGGUGUGUACUGGUCUCGGGUGGUAGUGACAGCAGCCAGGGAGCUCCACAACGCUACUCUUCAAUGUACCUCUCGUCAGCGUCGCGCCUCCUCCACAGACAACCCUGGCGAGCGACCUCCAGACCAUCUCACAGCUAAACUAGAGAUACACGUCACAUACCCGCCAUCGUUUGUAAUCUCUCGCUGGCCGGGGUUCGGUGUCGCACUGGUCGCUGGCGGGGCGGCGGCUCUCCGAUGUGAUGUGGACGCCAACCCUCCAGCACGAGCCACGUGGAUGAAGGACACCGAACGCCCCUCCUCCAGUCCCCCCACUCCGUUAGAGUCAGGAGCGGCCGGGUCUCCUCUCAGCGCGGCGACCCUCCGUUGGUCUGUACUGAGUGAGUCUCACGCUGGCUGGUACCGCUGCCGAGCAAAGUGGAUGGACACAGACUACUCUAGUAUCGGAUACUACCUUAAUGUUAUGGCUGCAGCUGAAGAAGUUCCACAGACAGGAACAGAACCUGGAGCCGAUGAGGAGGUGGAACACCAGAAGGUGGAAGUACAGGUCGGAGGGAGCGUUCAGCUACACUGUCCGAGAGGUACCGUCGGCUGUUGGUGGAGAAGGAUAGUUGGUAAUGGAACAGACGCCUGGACACCUGCUGGCUCACAUCACGCGCACGGAGUAUUAGAUGAUACAGGUGUGAAGGAUGCCUUGUACGAGGAGGCCGGGGAGUAUCGGUGUAUAGGAGCGAGGGCUCCGGACAUGAAGGUGCUGAGAGAACUGAAGAGAGUCACGCUCAAAGUCACGGGGAGUGCGACAGCGACGGCUGUAAGUGCUGAAGCCACAUCUAACGGCUACCGUCUGGAGUGUGGCGCGUGCGGACGCAACUUACGCGUUUUGUGGCUAAGGGGAGGGGUGACGACGCCGGCCAUACUCACGCCGGGCUUGGCUCAGCAUUGUUGGAGGGCUGUUAUAUUGGUUCCGGAUCCAGAUGAGACGUGGUGUGUGGCGGUCACGUCAGUGGGGGGCGCUGUGGCUGUCUUCCCUCGACGCUCGGUCCAGACUCCGGCCAGACACGCUGUAAGAGCUCUGCAUUCAAACGUCGCUAGAAUUCAGACCAGUUUCUUCCUCAUGUGGGCUCUUGUGUUCUUGCACAAGUAA